AUGACCGCCCGUCUUAUCGGCAUCUAUGACUUAAGCGUCAAUCUUCCGCUUAGUUUCUCGCGACUCACUAUAAAGCGUCCAAUGAUGUCGCUUAUGGCUGAAUCUGGUGGAGGGGCGCCUGUUUUUGAUAUCCAGGCGUCUAGUGAGCAAAAACGGCAUGCGGCGUGUGAUGAAUGUCGGAAACGCAAGCUUAAAUGCUCUGGUGAAUUAACAGGCUGUGCUCGAUGUCUUAAACAAUCAUUACGCUGCAACUAUUCUUCGCAGAAACAAAUGGGCCGCCCGCCCAAGAAGAGAGCGCGAACAGACGAUGAGGGGCUUGAACCCAUGCCGCAGGGCGAGAUAUGGCCAAGUCCAGAGAACUCACAGCAAUCCUCAGUUGGGCCGAGUCUCAAUAACGGCACUUUCCCAGACUCCGAUCACCUUUGUCCGCAAUUCUUCUGGACUCCUGGCGGGAAUUCGCCACACUCCCACUCCACCCCAGAUCUACUACCAGGCGAAGAAGACCACAACCACACCGGGCGACCAGACCUUCUAAAACCCGCGAAUUUACCUGUCUUUCCAUCCUCAAGCCCUUGGCCUGACUUCUCAACUGUCUCCGAAGCGACAGCCAUGCCAUUCCCCGUACCAAACCUCCAGGGCAUGGACACCCUACCGCUCUCUCCUCCGACAUCUGUUUCGUCUGAUGGUACUAUAACUGGCUGUACAUGUCUAUCCUACCUUUACCUGUGUCUCAGUCACAUAUCAUCCCUCGCCUCUUUUCCUGUCAACUCCCACACCCUAUGCUCAUUAUACAUCGCCGCACGAACAGCUCAAGACGUGAUCAGCUGCCAAGAAUGUCCAAAGGUAUUCGCUACAGGCAUGCAAAAUACUAUGUUUGUAGGGACUUUAUUAACUGUCGUUGCGGACUCAUGGCUACGGGUUUCGCAGGCCGAUCCCGUCGAAUUAGGGAAGCAGUCCGCAACACCAGAAUACGUGACUCGGAUACAACAAAGCCCCGAACCAGUACAAGCUUGGAAGAGCUGGCUCCAUCAGAUUGUUCGCCGUGCCAUUAUUGGCGGCCACUUGGAGCCAGGUGCUGUGGUUGGUUGUUCUGGUCAGCUUGAUUUGCUGUCUCUUAUCAAAGAGGUCGAGCACCGGCAAUGGCUUCGACAUCAACCACAAAAUUCACAGUCGCCUUGUUCUUCCAGUGCAAUUCAUAAUCCACCGCCAGAGCAUGAGCAACAAGAAAAAGAGCAUCUAUGUCUUCGUGUGGUUGGAAGCGCCAGGCAUGUAAUUGCCAAAUUCAACUUUGAGCCUAGCGAUUACCCCGAGGGUGUUGAACCAGUCACCUUCAGGGAUCGAAUGGAUGGUUAA